CCGCCCUGCCCGAUUCGGCGGGCACCGCCCACCCAGCAUAACCCAGCGGCAAACACAGGCUACAAGUGCUGUGGCUAGAAAUAACGGACUUUCUCCGGGUGCCAUGCGGACGCGAGUGUUCACAGCUUCAGCUUUACUGAGUGGCCAAAGCAGAAGCUGCUAAAUCAAGAUGCUGAUGCAACUAGCCCCAGCUGAGAGGAACAUGCAUUCAUUAAAGUUGAUCUGUAUUAGAAUCUGUUCUGAACUGGAGUAUAAACAUACAGUUUAAUUGAAUUGGUUAGGAAGUCUGCUCUUGCUCAAGACUUCCAGAAAUCCAACAGCUCUGCUCAAAAAGGGCCCUGCCUUUCUUCUCAUUUGUGUCUUUCUACAGGAAACUUGCCUUCUCAUUUGAGGGAUUCUGUCACAGGAAUGUGUGAGUCCCUGGAUAAAUUUGGCUUGGUGAUGGCAGUGUGCUCUUCCCAGAGAUUCUGCCACUUUCUCCUUGCUCCUUUUCUGCCCUGACCCGAGUUUCUCACUGCUAACCUCAGUGACAAGUCAGAAGAUUUGCCCCUUCCAUCAUCUUCUGUUCCCGGGUUCCCUUUCCCGUGUUUGUAACUCUGAUGAGAAACUGAGGCCAAGGUGUCUUCAACCAGCCAUGGCUGUAAAGGGAAUGAGGACCAGAGGAGCAGGCCUCCCUACAGUCCGGGAUUAAAUUCUGCCAGAUUCUUCUUAUCUAAUUGUGUUGCUGAUAGCAAAAGUUUGGAAAUUUCGGGGAGAAAUCUAUCCAGCUCCCAUGGAGCUCCACUCUCUGUCUAAGAGGAACAGCCCAGUGGACCCAUGCAAUGCUUUGGAGUGGAGUUCAGGAGAGACUUCUGGUGACCAUAUAGAAGAGGCAACCAUCAGAGAUGCUUUUUGCUAUCAGAAAAACUUGGUAUCAACACCAAGGGCAGAUGUGGUGGAAGUGUGUAGACUUAGCACUUCUCCAGCAUCCCCAACCUCCUUGCUCCAAGACAGUGCUAUUCAAACAAGCUUCUCCCUAUCUGGACCUCCUGACUCAGGGAACAACCAAGUAAUGGCUGAUCGCAAAGUCUGUAAUUGUUGCAGCCAGGAACUAGAAACUUCUUUUACUUACGUGGAUGAGAACGUCAACUUGGAACAGAGAAGUCAGAGGUCACCAUCAGCCAAAGGCAGUAAUCACCCUGUAGAUCUGGGAUGGGGAAACCCUAAUGAAUGGUCUCAUGAAACUGCCAUGUCUUUGAUGUCGGAAGACGAUGAUGAUACAAGUUCAGAAGCCACAUCUUCAGGGAAGUCUGUAGACUAUGGUUUCAUCAGCGCUAUCUUGUUCUUGGUCACUGGUAUCUUGCUAGUGAUCAUUUCUUAUAUCGUCCCUCGGGAGGUGACAGUGGAUCCCAAUACAGUGGCAGCCCGGGAAAUGGAACGCCUAGAAAAGGAGAGUGCAAUGCUAGGUGCACACCUGGACCGUUGUGUGAUCGCUGGGCUCUGCCUCCUCACUCUCGGGGGAGUUGUUCUGUCUUGUUUGCUGAUGAUGUCUAUGUGGAAGGGAGAGCUCUAUCGUCGAAAUAGAUUUGCCUCUUCCAAAGAGUCUGCAAAACUCUAUGGUUCUUUCAACUUCAGGAUGAAAACUAGUACUAAUGAAGACACUCUGGAACUGUCCUUGGUAGAGGAAGAUGCCCUUGCUGUACAGAGUUAGUUCUAAAAUCCUUGAGAGACAGCCAUACCUUUUAUAUGAAAAAAAUUAAGUCAUGGGUCCUUUAUUUGUUUGACAAGAAAAGUGUUCUACCACACACAAACUAAAAGCCAGUGAGUGUUUUAUUUCCAUGAAUCUUGUGUAAGAAAGCCUAUGUAAGUUGUAAAAGAAACCAUAGCCAGCUAAUUGCUACUUGCUAUGAACUAAAAACUAAUUCACCUGAAAUCACUAUGUGUUUCUACUUCUAAACAAAAUACUUCUGCUGACCUAAUAUAUAAGUGUUGUCUUAUACAUAAACAUGGAGAUUAUUACUAGGGACUAGAAGGGCUCCUGCAUAAUUCGAUCACUUGGCAAUCUAUUCCACGAAACAUAAGCACUAGUUAAAUAGUAAGGCUUACAUUUAACUCCCAAAGGUACUUUUCCACUUUCUUUCUAAAUUUUCUUCCUAUAAUUUGUCUAAACCCUAAAAUGUAGACUUUGGCAGCAUGCAUAUUUUGAAAGCUAAAGAUUUGGUUAUUUUUUUAAAGCUAUCAGAAAUUAUAUUUUAAAUUAUUGCUAUAUUUAGAAGUGACAACUAUGUCAUUAAUAUGUACCGUAUAAUAAAGAUAAUGAUACAAACCUUGUUCAGACCCAUGUGAGGUUAACAACUGUUAUCACAAAGUAUUUCCUUAUGCUUUUGUUGAACGUAGAAGUAUUUGCUGAUGCAUAGUUUGUUUCCUGUUUGUGGAUUUGCACUCAGUUUGAUGACCAAUGGCCUUGAAAUUUUUACCACUUCUCAUGUAUGUGUGGCAAAGCAUUGGACUGUUAAAACAUAUCCAGACAGGUCUGAACCAUGAAUGGGCCUGGCAUUCUCCCAAGUGACAUUUUGUGGUGAUGGUUUGGAGAAAACUUCCAGAGUCGUUGCAGCUAGACCUGUGAGAACUCUGCCUAGCAUAAGCCAUUUCUUAAAGAGUCCUUAAGCCUGUAGCCAAAUCUUACACUGAGAGUUGUGUUUAUUAUGAGUCCUGACUCAUCUUGCCGUCACUAAACAUAAUUUGGAGAACCUUCUACUUCGCAUCUUUAAGGACCAUGCUCUUGCCUCAUAAAGUGAAAAUGGGAAGUUUAUGGGAAGUACUGUGGGCAAGGUGGUCAGGAAAGGGAUGGGAAGAAAGGCUUCUUAUGUUUCAUGAAGUGGCCCCACCCUCCCACUUAGGUUUUUUAAUUAGUAUGUUACAAAGACUAUCGAUUUCAUUCUUAAAAAAAGGACUGGAGCCAGGAAUGGGUGUGAGUGAAGGGAUGAGCUAGUGAGAAAGGUAUUUCAUUGGAGAUUCUUAAGGAUACCUAAGUCUAAUGUAGAUAUCUAUGUUGUCAUUAAGGAGGAGGGGUAAAUUGUGUGAGUUUGCAUAUCUAUAUGAAUGGGAUUUUGGGGGUAACAGAGGCAGUUGUUGAGUUAGCUUUAAUAACAGGUAAAGGAAAAUGUAAUAAGGAAGGGAGAGAUAGGGAUGACAACAUGUCACAGAAUCCUUAGGUAAAAAUAAGAGUAUACACACACACACACACACACACACACACACACACACACACACAUAUAUAUAUAUAUAUAUAUAUAUAUAUAUAUAUAUAUAUAUACACAUAUACAUAUCCUUUGCCUUGCCCUGUAGAACAUGAUGUGCUGGCUUACCGACCCACAAAAGACUAGACAGAACUUGCAUUUUCUGCUUCGCUUUUCCUUGAUUCUCUUGUCUUCUGUGCUAAAGGAACAUUCCUAGAAGGUUAAACCUUCUAGAGGUCUAUUCAGUUUCGAUCGCUAGUCUGCUUGAGGAACUAUUUUGGAGAUAUUGAAGUAAAACAGGAGUAAUCUACUUCCAUGGGUGUGUAGAUAUGAACUGGGUUCAAACUGCAGCAGCAAAAUAUAUGAAAUAGAAUUUAAACCCAUUUAAAUCCAGGCCUGGCGGGUCACGCCUAGAUCCCAGCACUUGGGAGGCUGAAUGGAGAUGAACAAAGCGUUAAGGCCAGUUUGGACUACAUAGGGAGUUCCAGUACAGAAUACAGAGUGGGACUCUAUUUCAAAACAUCAAGAUAUAAUAAAAUAUCCAUGAUUAUUUAUAUGAGAUCUCUGAAUUUUGUUUUUAUUUAUUGGUAAGCCAUAAUUAAUUGGUUGCAUAGCAAAUAAGACAGGAAUAAUUUGUGGACCAAUUUUCAGUUCUUCAUGACUUUGAAAAUUAAACAUGAAGGCUAUAUUUUCGAUUGUAUAAAACUGAUGAUAAAGGAAGAAAAAGUCAGAGUUCAUCAUAGAAGAAAAGUUAAUGAACUCACCAUGUUACUAAAUCAUAUAGAUAUGCCUGUAAUGAACAUAGCACUUUUAAAAACCCCAUCUCAGAAAAGGAGAUUUUUAAAUGAAAAUUAAGUAAAUGCCCAUUUCUGCCUUCUCUAAAACUGUUCAAACACAGAUAGCAUGACAUUUAAGUUCUGCUGAUCUGAGGGAAGACACACCCAAGGGGACCAAUUCAGAAAGCCACCCAGAUGCUUUCUUUAGGCUCUGAUGAUGUAAUUCUGAUAAUUGCCUUAAUUGACUUUCUUCCAGGUAUUCUAUUUGUAUUGCUCUCACCCAUUCUGUUAGUGCCUGACUUUGAGAUGAUUGCUUGAAUUUAGAAUGAAGCUAAGGAAUAUGGACAUGACUCAUGAGUACAGUGCUUGCCUGUAUGGGAGGCCGUGAGUGGAGCCCUCAACACUGCAAGAAAAUAAAGAUAAAGGUAGCACAGGCAAAGAAAAAUUCUGAAUUUUCUGCAAUUUCUGUACUGUAUUGAUUUCAGUACAGUGUAGAGUGGUUUGGGUACUAGAAUUACUUUGGCCUGACCAUGUGAGACACCAGACACUGGACAGACUCAGGCUAUGUUUUGACCUUGGAUCUUUCUCCAGCUUCCUGGAUAUGUCUUUCAUAAAAUGCCCACUGUUAUCUGGAAGCUUCAUUAGGCAGUGUAAGCUUCUAACAUUACUAAUAAACUGUACCCUUUGUGGGCACAGGGAACUGCUGCAGAACUUGCUCAGUUUUCUUUGCAAUGCCAUUUCCUGGCCAGCCAUUUGGAACUCAUGACAUAACCAUGCAAUGUGAUGUACUGGCCUGCCAUGUGAAUCUCUUCUUUAUGGGUAUCUUGCUAUGUAUCUGAUUUGUGAUUUAAAAGAACAGAAGACUGCUAAGAACCACCAAGUUCUCUCUGACCUGGGGUGUUUUCACUCGUGUGACUGCUUAAUUGAGUAAAACCCAGAUACUUACCUUGUUAUCAAAAACUUAAAAUAUCUGAGCCCAUCCUCUCCCUUUAGAAAAAAUCUGGAUUAAGGCCCAGUUUGACCAUGGCUAGCAUACAUCUGUUAGGUACAAGUGUAAAUAAACAAACUCCUAUACCAAA